AUGCCUCAAGAGUACAUAGAGCUCCAGCAGUUCCCGAGAGAAGACGACGAGCCUCGGAACGAGUCUAAGUCCAGCUUGGGCUUCUCACUCUCUCAUGAGGAGAUCAUCACAAUCCUAGCUCGUAUGGGCCAACCCACACUGUAUGAGUCCCUCGACGACUUGCCUCGGCUGGCACAGUUUAUGAUCGAAAAAAUCGAAGGUUUAAAGAUCGAAGACGCCAUAGUGAUUCUACGAGACACGUUGGCGGAACACACGGGCGAUGUCAACUUCCCUCUGGCAGACUACCAUUUGAUAGAGAGGUUACUUGCACACCUUCCCAAGAAGAGCCAGCUGGAUCUGGAUAUAAGUGGGGAAACUAAGAUGGAUAGCUCUAUUCUGGAUAAAACUUACGAUACUUGGGCCCUUGAGGUGCGUCUUGAAGCGGCUUUGGUUGCAUUCCACUCUCCGUACCCGGAAGUAAGAGCAGUUGUGGAUCCAUAUGACGACCACACGAUUCCGGCAGAGACGCUUCGUGUUUAUGUGAUUGGACUAUCUUGGACUCUUGUGGGAUCGCUCAUAAACAACUUCUUCGUUCAUAGACUACCGAGUAUAACGCUUUCCAGCAGUACCGUGCAGCUUCUACUAUUGCCCAGUGGAAGACUCUGGGAGAAGGCAUUUGCACCCAAUAAGAAAAUUAAGAUCUUGGGGAGGUACUUUGACAUAAACCCAGGGCCGUGGAAUUAUAAAGAAAUGAUGUUGGCCACCAUCAUCUACUCGUGCUCCGCUGGAACUCCUUAUUCCAUUUACAACUUCUUCGUCAUGAAGCUUGAUCGCUUCUAUGGCCUUGAGUGGGUCUCCUGGACGUACCAGGUGAUGUUUGCUUUAUCAACGCAAUUCUUGGGCUUUGCGUUCGCCUUCUUGAUGCUCAAGGUUUGCGUUUACCCGAAAAAAGCAAUGUGGCCCACACUAUUGCCCACUAUUGCUCUCAACAGAGCUCUCAUGAACGAGGAUCCUCCCACAAACAUAAAUGGCUGGAAGAUAUCUCGGUAUUCUUUUUUCUUUGUCGUAUUUAUGGCCAGCUUUUGCUACAACUGGCUUCCUUCCUAUUUAUUUAAGGCCCUUUCCACGUUCAACUGGCCAACGUGGUUCCUGCCAAACCUGAUCCACCUUGUUAACAUUACAGGCACAAAUCAAGGCUUGGGUCUCAACCCACUUCCUUCCUUAGACUGGAACAUCAUAGACAUGGCUGGCUGCUUGACUAUUCCAUUCUACACAUAUGCCAAUCAAUACAUUGGGAUGCUUCUAGGUUUCGUCACUAUACUCAUGGUGUAUUACUCCAACAACAAGUGGACAUCAUACUUCCCAAUUAACUCGAAUCGUCUUUUCAACAACAAAGGUGAAGUUUACAACGUCAAGAAGAUCCUUAAUGAAAACAAAAGCUUUGACCAUAAGAAGUAUAUGGAAUACGGCCCGCCAUAUUUUGCUGCAGCCAACUUGGUUCUUUAUGGUGCCUACUUCUGUAUGUACCCUUUUGCAAUCUUGUAUCAUACGGUAACAGAAUGGUCCUCGAUGAAACAAAGCUUUGCCAAUAUCUGGCUCACUUUAAAGGAUGCUUUUCAGAAGGAUCAUGACUCGAAUUAUCGCCGGUUUGGGACUGACCCCCACUGUCAGAUGAUGUCGCAUUAUAAAGAGGUGCCAAGCUGGUGGUUCGUGACGAUAUUGAUUGUGAGUGUUAGCUUCGCCCUCAUAUGUGUUAUAUUUUACCCCGUCGAAACUCCAGUCUGGGGGAUUUUCUUCACCAUCGGUAUCAAUUUCUUGUUUCUUAUACCCAUCACCGCCAUUGCGUCCGUGACGGGCUUUACUUUUGGUUUAAACGUGUUGGUGGAACUCAUUGUUGGGUAUGCCAUUCCCAAUUCCGGAAUUGCACUCAUAACACUCAAAGCCUAUGGCUACAACAUUGACUCUCAAGCAUCCAACUACAUCACGGAUCAAAAGCUCGCUCACUACACAAAAAUUCCCCCAAGAGCCAUCUUUCGUGGGCAGAUCAUACUGACUUUUCUUAGUGUAUUUGUGGCUCUCUUCAUUGCAAAUUGGCAGAUGGACAACAUCCCUGACAUUUGCGAGCUACAUCAGAAGAACAGGCUUAGAUGCCCCGGUGCUAAUACAUACUUUUUUUCUAGUAUUCAAUAUGGAGAAAUUGGGCCAGCGAAAGUCUUUGGAGGCAUAUACCCCGUUCUCAAAUGGUGUUUUUUGCUUGGUGCAGUAAUGGUGAUCCCCAUGGCUCUUUUCAAGAAGAUUGGCCCCAGAAAUAUCACCAGGUCGUUCCAGCCGACUAUUAUACUUGGCGGGUUUUUGAGCUAUGCUCCAUACAAUUUGCUGUACUUCACCAUGGGGCUUUACUUGUCGUUUAUCUUCAUGAACCGCAUCAAACGGACGUACACCAUCUGGUGGGAGAAAUACAACUAUAUCUUGACGAGUGCGCUCUCUGCUGGAGUGGCUUUCAGCGCCUUGCUAAUAUUUUUCACCGUCCAGUACAACAAAGACGAACUAGACUGGUGGGGCAAUCGUCUCAGCAACAUGGGCAUCGAAGGAUCCAAUAAGCACCACACGUGGUUAAAGGCAUCUGACGCUCCUGAAGGGUACAUUGGAUUGAGAAAAGACCAGUUUCCUUAG